CCCAUCUUAGAGCUCCGUGAGCAGCAUGAAGACUCCGUCACGAGAGAAAGCACUGCUGCGUCAGUAGAGAGGCGAUCCGCGCACGUAUGCGCACACACACCCACACGCACGCGGCAUACGCUGUCUCGCACAAACGCACACACAAGCCCACUGGGCGUCAGGCGGCGGAGGUGGGCCCAAGGGGUGUGCGUGUGAGACUGCGGCGGCAUUCCUGCUCUCUGCACGCCAGAUCAGCGACGGAUGACACGCUGCUCUACUCACCCUUUCGUCUUUCCGCCUGCGUGUCUCUCCGUCCCGCUCACACGGCUCCUUCUCUCUCCGUCUCUGGUGCGACACCGACGGAGGAAUGUUCUGCUUCUGCCUGCAGGGCUCUCUACUGAAGCUCCAGGCUCUGGAAGAGGACGCAAGCCCCCCCCACGGGCCCUCACCUGACGACAGCCCACCUGGCCUGGGCUGCAAGGAGGAUCGCCAGCCCCCGUCACGCGGGAGCCUGAGGGAAGACACCAGUCCCCAAGACCCUAGGCAGGAGGAGAGUGAGUACAGCACUGAGCCCCAGCAGAGCCCUGGUCCCAGUCGGCUCCUGUACUCCAUCACGGAUGGUAACAGCCCCCUGCCCUCUCCACGCUGCCCCAGUCUGAGCCUGAGCCAGCGCUUCAACACAGAUCCCGAGAGUGCACCCUCCCCACCCUGCUCCCAGCACCUCAUCAUGCCUCGUGGGGUGGCCCGAACCGUGACAGCCAGUGAUGCUAAAGAAGCUCCAUCCAUCCCACUACUUACCAAACACAUCCAGACCCUGAAGAGGAGAAUCCGAAAGUUUGAGGAGCACUUCGAACAGGAGAUGAGUUACAAGCCCUCCCACAAUGACAAGGCAGCCAAUCCAGAGAUAUUCAAGCUUAUGAGUGAGCUCACCAAGUCUCGCAAGCAGCUAAAAGACCUGAAAUUGAAGCAGACGGUGGAGGAGUCGCGCGGCCAGGAGAACAGCCAGCCCACUGACACCUGCAGGUACUCCGGCAGCCUGCAGGGGGCGACAGAGCUGCAUCCCCACCAGCAGCACAAGCCUUCUCUGGAAGAAACGGUGGACACGCUGAUGAAGCGACUGAGGGAAAAGCGUCAGGCCCUGGGCCUCCCGGACAACAUGAAGGAGAUGACCCAGAGGCAGAUGGCCUUGGAGAAGCUCACCCUGCAGAAAUGCCUGCUGUACUUCGAGAGCCUGCACGGACGCCCCGGCACCAAGCAGGAGAGGAACUUGGUGAAGCCACUGUAUGACCGAUACCAGAUGGUGAAGCACCUACUGUGUGCCACAGCCACCAUAACUACCAUAGAGGAAGAGGAAGGCUCUGAUGAAGACGAGGCACAGAACACUCCACCACCCCCGUGGCAAGUCGUGCCAGAGGAGGACGACGAGGAAGACGAGGACAGUGACCCGACCUUCGUCUCCCCCCUGGACGAGGUGAAGGGGGUGCGGCAGCCAGCCUUCUCCAUGUCCAACCUGCACUCUGCCUCCAGGUCGGAGCUGCUGGCGUGUCUGCGUGAGACACGGGCGGAGAAAAAGAAGCGGCGAAAGGUCAUCCGUGCGUUUGAGGAGCAUUUCUUCAGACAGAUGGGCAGGACUGCACAAAAGGAUGACCGGAUUCCCAUGGCUGAGGAAUACCAAGACUACAAAACCCUCAAAGCCAAACUACGCUUGCUGGAGGUUCUACUUAGCAAACAGGAAAACACUAAGACUAUCUGAGAAAAAUUGCCUUUCAGUACAGACCAGAUAUUUGGACCAAAACAGGUUUCUUCUUACAUUCAACAUGCUCGUGCCAUAUUAACACUAGAAUGCACUUUAUUGUCGAUUCUAAGUUGAGGGGCCCAUUCGUCUCACACGGGUUUCUUUGACUCUAAGAAGCCUGGGUGGCUACUGCAUGCCAUAACAUGUAAAUACAGAGCUCUGUGUUGUGCUCAUACUUCCCUUCAAAUUCAGUGGAGAAUAACACGUGUAUUUUUUUAAAAAAGUGUUUAUUGUGGCUAUGCUUAUGAAAUAUGGCACUUUAUAGCAGUUUUGAAGAUAUUUUUUAACCAAAGCCUGAAUCAAUAUGCAAUUCUCAGUUACUUAUUCUGAGUUUGUGAUUAUGAACUAAACCUUAACUUGAUGACCAUGUGCUCUAAAAUGAGGAGACCUCUGGGAUCAGUGAUGGGGAGGCGCUUUAGUGUCUGCCCAACCUUAUGCUAACUGUGGAAUCAAACCUCAAGCACUUAGAAUUACAAUCAUAUGCAAAUUCUGUAGAUUUCCAAAAACACUCAAACUGUGCUAUCAGUCACAGCUGAUAUACAACAUGAAAUAUACAUGAAUCAUACCUGACUCGUAGUAAUGAAAGUAAUGAAGUAACUUAGAUGCAAAAGAGGGUGCAGUUUGACUAGUGCCCUCCUGAAGAACUACCAGAGAGACAAAGAUAAAGACGAACAGAUCAAUAAAGUUUCAGAAGCUACGCGGCUUUGUUGACUCUGCUCUAACAAUGAUGCACAAAGGUCCUGUUUUAGCAUGAUCCAAAAUUACAACACAAACCAACAAAAACCCCAAGAAAAACGCCUGAUCCGUUCCAUUUGAAACUACUAAAGAUAGAAGCAGGAGAUAUGCUUGGUGCAACGGACUUGACGGUUUCUGUAACUAAGUCCAAUUCUGCUCCCUCCAACUGAAAAGGUACAGCUGGCUUCUCCUGUCGUUUCAAUUGCAGUGACCUAUUACAAGUGUUGGUUAGUAUCUCUGCAUGCCAGACACCUAAAGACUGUCAAAUUGUUCUGCAACCAGGUGUGGUCUGUUCCGUGCUGUGUUUGCUGUUUUUCGGAGCGGAUUUGAUGUACACAGCUGCGACAACAAAUUUCUCUAUUUGAAUGUUAGCUUCUAGCACGCUCAUUUUGCAUUGGUUUAUGCAGUUCAUUUGUGUACGUUCUUUUUUCCUCCACUGUGACUGUCUCCUACCACAAAAUCCUCAUUGUGCACUUCUGGCUCUGUCCAUUUUCUAUACACCAGUAAAAAAUAAAUAUUUUUCUAUUUAUA